CGGUGGCCCUUCUCUCUUUUGGCCGACCAGUGAACCGUAACGUCGACGAACAGACACGAAAGUUUUACAGGUUUUACUUCGGAACACACUUUCGGACAGGGGAAACAAGAUACCAAAUAUACAGAGGAGUUUUGACACAUAAAAAGAAUGUCUGAAUUACUGGGACACGUCCCAAACUUUCGGAAGCUUCGUGGAAAGCCGAAUGAUGAUGGCCUGGACCGUAUGAGUCACGUGGUCACAGUCGUCCUCCUCAUAAUUUUUACCGUUGCCAUUAGCUCAGGUCAGUUCUUCAAAGACCCGAUAGUAUGCUGGAAUCCUGCAGAAUUCAAAGACCAUAUGGAGUCGUAUACAAAAUGGAACUGUUGGGUGAAAAACACCUACUAUGUUCCAAUGACAGAGGAAAUUCCAGUCAACAUCGACCAGCGACAGUCGGCAGAACUAACGUAUUAUCAAUGGGUGCCAAUUAUUUUACUUUUCAUGGCAUUUUUAUUUAAACUUCCUAACAUGGUCUGGAGAAUUUUCAAUGGCGGAUCAGGCUUGAACAUGGAUAAAUGCGUCUACUUCGCAGAAAAGGCACAGUAUGACAACCCAGAUGACAGACAGAAAGAUCUGUAUGCUCUUGCAAGAUUCAUGGAUAAAUGGCUGGAUACCAACAAAGAGUACAAAUGGAACGUUUUCGUCCGCACCAAGCAUCAGGCUUCUCGAUUCAUCUGUUUCUUCUGCAACAAACGCGCCGGAAGAUACCUCACGGCCAUGUAUCUGUUUGUCAAAGUCUUGUACGUCGUAAACGCCAUUGGACAACUGUUUUUACUGAACGCAUUCCUCGCCACUUCAUAUAACUUUUACGGAUUCGAAUUUUUGGAAAACAUGGGGCAGAGUGGUCCAUGGAGAGAGAGCCCAAGGUUUCCUCGCGUCACCCUAUGUGAUAUUCGCAUUCGCCAACUUCAGAACCUGCAGCGCUUCACAGUACAAUGCGUUCUUCCUAUCAACCUCUUCAACGAGAAAAUCUUCAUUUUUAUUUGGUUCUGGUUAAUUUUUAUUGCAUGCAUUGCCACCUUUAACCUUUUGAACUGGAUCUACCUUAUCAUGUUCACCAGGAAUAAGGUAGCUUACAUCAAGAAGUUUUUGAAGAUAAACAACGAACUGCAUACGAACUUUGACAAGAAACUGGCAGCGAAAUUCGCAGAGAGUUAUCUUCGGGAUGAUGGCGUCUUCCUUCUUCGAAUCAUCGCUAGAAAUACCACCGAUCUUGUCGUCACAGAUCUUGUCAAAGAGUUGUGGGGUAUCUUCAAAGAUAAACAAAAUACAAAGAAGAACAGAGAACUGGAACCAGAAAGCAGUAUGCUGGACGAGGCCAAAGAACCACUCACGUGAUAGCUAGUAGACUAGAUUUUUUCCCCCAAGCAAUUCAUGUGAUGUCUCGAUUGUCGAGACCUCUAGCCUUUCGAGUUUCGCCAUUUUUAGAGUCGUUUUAUGUCAGAAUGUUAGUUAGUUCUCAGGCCAAUCUUAAAGUCACCCGUCAGACUUGGUGCUUUUUUCAACUUCCAUAGAUACAUAGUCAAUAUGUUUAAAAAUUCUGUAUGAUGGUUGUUGUACUAAUACAUGUAAUUAAUAAUUAUAUGCAGUGUAAACUUUUUAGAUAACGAAACAACGCAUUACAAAAUCUAGUCUCAAUUAAGGAUUAUUAUCUGGGUAAUGGUAUUUAGCAGUGUCACUGACACACCUAAAACAAUGCAUAUUAACAGAGCCGGAGUAAAAGCUCGGAAGUUGCUUGUGAGAUCUGGGUUGUGAGAUUCAGCAUUUUAAUGUAGUCUUAUUUUAUGAUAUUUAGCCUUCAGUUUCUGAAAGGUUCAACAACGAAUCCUUUGUCUUCCUCUGUAUAGAAAAUGCUAUAAUAUCUAUGUAUAAAACACUGUAGCUAGUUUUGUAAAUAAUGCAUCCAUCAAAUAAAAGAUAUUUUAUUUAGUAUGAAACGAUUUUAUGUUGUGUAAACGGAUUAUAUUUUCCUCCAAAUGUAACCACAUCCCCAUUUUUUGUUGUUUUUCUUUGCUUCUGUAUUAAGAAUGUGAUCUCAUCUAAAUGACACGCAAUGUUCGGUAUAUUUUAUUUUUUGUCAUUUGUUCAUCUUGUCUUCAUGGCAUUAGCUUGCAUUUGAUUUUUUUGAUGUCAUCCAUGUCAUUGAGAUGUUUUAAUUCUUGUUGAAACUGUUUUAUUAGAGAGGCAUUCCUUUUAUAGAAAAUCAAGGUUUAUGCUUAUUUUUGUAAUACAGAAUUUAAAAAAAAAUACUUUGUUCAGCGAUGCGAAUAAAUAAUAAAAAAGUAAAUUAA